CAAGGGCUAUCUGAUUAGUGCCUGAUCAGGUAUUAGGGCAUGUUUAUUAGGUCGUUAUCAGGACCCUACUAAAAUUUCUGCACGAGAUGUCGGAGUUUGCAACAUAAUGUAUUACUCGUUACCGCUUCUAAGGCAUUAGAAACCUAAACGAAUAUAGAAAUAGGAUUGUCGCCAACUAGCCAGUAGUUCAAUUGAACGUGUCGUUAUGAAAAAAAGAGAGUGAAAAGAUGUACUCAUUUGGUAUAAUUAAAAAAUGUGUUUUUUUCAUCUGUUUCUUAUACUUGAAACAUAUGCAAAAGUCUUCUACAAAACGGAGGCAUCUUAUCGAACAAAAUUGAACGUAAAAUUAGAUUCAAUAAUGUUAUGAAUGAAUGUACUGGUUAUAUUUUUUGAAGAGACGGUUAUAUUAGGAAGCUCUGUACAUAAGAAAAUAACAAACUUGAUUUUUCAUUUUUUAAAACCAUAAUGUUUGAAAAAUAUAUUGUAGAAAAUUAGAAUUUUGAAAACUUAGCAGAGUUAUGAAGCACAGAUUAUGGUUCUAGAAAUAGAUUUGCCUAGUGUUGAGCCGGUAGCAGGUAAAUUGUUUUCUUUUGUCAGGGACAGGAAAAGGGACGAAGCCAUAGAAAAUGAGAAACAAACACAAUAAUUCCAUGGGCAGCAAAUGCCACGUGCCACGUUUCCAAAGAAGGAAAAUCCCCCACGUAUAAGCGUUCGAAGGAGAGAGAUAGCGAUUGCGGCACCAACCAACAGCAGCACGUCUCGUAUUAUCUGUCUCACUCAUCCGUAGAGGAUACAUCGGAGAGAGGGUAGCCCUUACCACUUCCUCCAAAUACUAUUUCGGUGUUGCCUUACCUAUAGUCUAGGUCUAGGAUACGAGAGUGAUGCGUACUAUCUGCUCGGCGUAACUGUCACGUGCUCACGGACGGAGAAGUACCAUAUUUGUUAGUGCAUAACUGUGUAGAAGACUGCAAUCCAUUGGAUCCAGUGUUCUUGUAAAAAUAUAUUACAAAAGAGAUCUUGAAACAGAAAAAAUCAGAAUGGAAAAACUGUAUCAGCUAUUCUGUCCGAUUCCGGGGUUUGUUUGGCAACAGAAUGCCAAUAAUAUACCAAAACAUCUACAUAACCUGAACAGUUUGACCCAGUAUGCGGAUGAAAAGUGCUACAAAGUGGCCAUCCCACUAUGUAAAAAAGUAUUGCAUGAUCUGAGAAAUAUGUUUAACCCUGUUGAACCCGAAGUGACACUCAUGCUCAAUACAUUUGCUCUCGUAUGUAUAUAUCAGAAUAAGUACAGAGAAGCUGCAAACAGGCUGCAGGUUAUGCUUUUCAACAUUACAAUGUUUAAAAAGGAGAUGUUAGAUAAGUCUGCCAAAUUUCCAAUAGAUGAGGCGUUUAAGAGGAUCCCAUGGCGCACACCAUCAAAGGCCUCGACCUUGGGGGAUCCUCUUAAGUACCUCGAUGUGUUGCGUAAAGCACAAAAAAAGUUUAAACGACUUUUACAAAAACGAACACAGGAGGUAGAUGAGGCAUUAGAUACUAAUUGCCAUUAUUUGGCUCUAUCAAAGCUGAAUAAUCUGCUGUACUCUAAGUAUAACGAGUCAAAGAAGAAAGAACUACGCCACUUCCGGGAGAGAAUGGAGACUAAGAUUAACAAACAACCACGAUAUGGCACAGUUCUUGUGUCAGAAAGCAAUCCACAAUGGUGCGUAUAUAUAUUCGAUGAAAACAAUCCAAUUUUUGCUGACAUUAAAUGCGACCUAGCACGUUCCUAUGCGAGGCAAGGAAAUUACGAGAAGGCGGAGGAGUUAUACCAGCAAGUGCUCGAUAGGACGCUUGAUAUACAGGUGGUUGAAGAAGAGCAGGAGAACAAACACAGGAAGAAGAACACUGGCAACAGUGGAUACGAGAUCGGGGAGAUGAAUUCUUUCUUUAUCGAAAUUGCCUUACGAGACCUCAUUGACAUUUAUAAAAAAGGGCCAAAUGAUUACAGAUCUACAGCAGAGGUGGUGGCCCCUGAAGAGUACGCCAUAAGAGUUCUAGGAAAGGUAAUGAAACUGGUGAAGAUGUUGCUGGGGGACAAUGAAAAUAGUUAUACCGAACACGGCUCACAGUCCCAUACAGCUAAUAGCAAACAUGAACCAUGUGACGAAGAGUGUAUUAUAAUUAAGGACGAUAGUACAGCUGAGAGAGACACAGGACCCCUUUACCUAUCGAAAGAAAAUGCAUCAAUUUUGAAAGAAAUAACUUAUAAAGAGAAUUAUAAUUCACAAUAUGAUACCAUAGUAUCAUAUUGCAUGCAGUGCACUGCACGCGAACACAAAGUGUGUUUCCUGUUUCGGAUUCCACGCUAUGCAUUAUCACGUGAUGUUUGGAUAGAAGUCAAAAACGUUCCAAAAAAAAAGUCUACUUCUAUGAAGUCUAUUUUUAAUGAGUUUUUCAUUAAAUUACUGAGAACGAUUGAUAGUGGGAAGAUUAAUUUAGAUAUGGAAAAAAAUUAUUUUCAUGUGAUGAUGAAGAUAUUUAAUAAAAGUAUGAACUUGCUUAAUUCUAAAAUUCUUGAGUAUUACUACAGUUUCUGUCAGAUGAAUGCUUCGGUACACAUAGAUCUUGAGAUGAAAAUAAAUCUGAGCUUGAAUGUCUUAACGUUAAAGAAGGAAUUGGGUGAAUUUAGGAAACAGCAAAAAAUGGAGAAAAAUGAGCAAUCAACCGAAAUACACGAGAGAGAUAUAUCUGAGGAAGACACUUUAAUGAAGUUCGACUUGACCUUAUAUAUUCUUCAAUGUAUAUGUGAUGAGUUGAUGCUGAGGACAAGAAACCCAUUUCUUGUUAAGUUAAACACUGAAAACAAUGUAGUAUACAACAAGAUGCAUGACGUACACUUUAUAACAAGAUUCAUAAUAGAAGAAAUUAACCUUAUAAAAGCAUGUAAAGAAGUAAUGGAUGCAAAAAAAAUAUCACAUGCAAAAUUAGGUGAAGGUUUAAAUAAAGCGUUAUAUGAAGAAUCAAAUAAAAAGCCACUUAAGAUUUCAAAAGAAUUAAAUUUAAAAUUUGAUGGAAAACUGGACGAAACAUUAAGCUCUACAAAUAAUUUAGAAAAAGAAGCAGAUAAGUCAUGCAAUAUACAAGAACCAUGUGAGGACGAAACGGUAUCACCACGUGAAUUAAUGGAAAAAAAGGAAUUAUCAGUAUUAAAUGAACUGGAACCAGCAUUUCAAGAAUAUGAGAAAAAAUCAAUAAUAAAAGAAUCACAUACAAAGGAAUCAUCAAAAAAAGUAAUGGAUGAAAUAAAAUCAUUAUAUGAAGAAAUAGAUGAAAAGGAUAUACUCAUAAAAACUUCAGAUUUCUGCAUGAGAGUAGAUACUGAAAGUAGUGUAGUAGACAUAAAAAGCACAUCAUGUAUGAAAAUAAAUAAACCAGUUAUCGAAUGCAGUAAUGAAGCACUUCACCCAUUAAUACCAGACACUGACUGUGAUUCCCUAGACGUAAAUUGUUGUGAUUUUGGAAUAACUAAUACUACAAAAAUGGAAAACAUAAUGAUUGUGAGUGAGGAUCCAGUUGUAAUAGAAAACGAAAAUACUACUGAAGCUGUAAUUGAAAGUGCAAAUUUCAUAACUGAAGAUCAUUUUAAAGGGGCUUUCGAGGCGUAUUAUGAUCCAAAGUGUAUUUCGACCAAGUACGAAGGGACAACAGAAAAACAUGAGGAAAAAGAUGAGAACACUGCAUACGCGGAAGAAAUUCCAGAAGAUUUGAAAGACGAUAGUUCAGAGUGGGUUCUAGUCGAACACGAAGAGAUAGAUGAAAGUUAUAAAACACAAAAUGAACUUCAGAACACCUCAGAAGUUGAAAAUACACAGAAUACGUUUUUCUUUUUUUAA